GCGGAGCGGCGGUCGCGGCCGUGAGCCCGCCCCCCACUCACCCUCCGCCGGCUGGCCGGCAAGGCCAUGGAAGUCUACAUCCCGUCCUUUCGCUACGAGGAGAGUGACCUGGAGCGGGGAUACACGCUACUUCGGAGGCUGAGACAUGAGAAUUGCUUGAACCUGGGAGGCGGAGUUGGCAGUGAGCUGAGAUGCUGCCACUGUACUUCAGCCUGGAUGACAGAGUGAGAAUUUGUCUCCCACCCUCCCUUCCAAAAAGAAACUUGGCCCAGCUCUGUGAAGCGUUACAACUCAGCACUGUAACAGCCUUGGAAAGACCAUUCCAUGAUUCAACCAAGCCAGCUGCUUCUGAGUGAUGGGGAAUGUGGCAAAAUGGAAGAGCUUGCUAAAAACCAGUCCUUUUGAACAUGGAGGUGAGAGGAGACAGGUUCUUCAACACACUAUUGUUGGAGGGUUUUUCUUCAGAUGCAUACCUGUGGAAAGUGGGCAACCAAAUUUUUAAAAUGUGUUUAAGAUAGAAGUGUUAAUGAAUGGAAGAAAACAUUUUGUCGAAAAAAGAUACAGCGAAUUUCAUGCUUUGCACAAAAAGCUUAAGAAAUGUAUAAAAACUCCAGAAAUCCCUUCUAAACAUGUUAGGAACUGGGUCCCCAAAGUCUUGGAACAGCGACGACAAGGUUUGGAAACAUACUUACAGUGCUCUAAUAGGAAAGCUGACAUGCAGAAUGCCCCUGAGGACAUCCAAGGAGGGCUCUCUUUACUGUUUCUGCUCUUCUGCUUUUGGACUUGGUAGAAGAAUCCUCCGCUGCCUCUCUCUGGGGGCUGUCAUUUUAGAAAAUGAAGAACUUCCCAAACUGUUUCUUGAUUUCCUAAACGUGCGACACUUGCCCUCUCUACCAAAGGCAGAAAGUUAUGGAUCUUUUGAUGAAACAGAAUCUGAAGAGUCAAGCAAACUGUCCCACCAGCCUGUGCUGCUGUUCCUCAGGGAUCCAUACGUCUUGCCUGCAGCCAGCGAUUUUCCAAAUGUGGUCAUUGAAGGAGUCCUCCAUGGGAUAUUUUACCCUCAUCUACAGCCCAGGUAGAAAUCCUACAUGGCUAAAAGAAGCAGAAGCAAGUUUCAAAGUCACAGUCACGGAAAUCAAUACCUACCAAAUUAACCUAAACUCUGUGAUAUAUAACAGCUCUGGCUAGUGGCAAAAUUCACAGUCCCAGCUUAAUUCAGGGCAGGGAUGUUUCCAUUAGAAUGGUGCUCUUAAAAAUAGAAACUGAACUAGGGUGGUGGUCAGGCUAAGGCCAAGUGUUUAAGAAGUAGAGUGUAGCCUCCAGCUUAGAAACCCAUGGAAAGGAGGCCACAGGAGAUUCCUGGGAGCACUGGAUGUAGCAAAACAAAGCCACUCGCUGCUUCAGUCACACCAUUGAAAAACAUGUCCUGAAUCAUACUGAGACUGAUCAACUUUGGUAGCUUUUUUGUUCAGAUCUUAUGACACACUACUCUUCUCACCAUGAGAUUUUCUCAGCCAGUGAUAGUACAUUCUGAAAUGCUGGCAUCAGGAGACAGUCACAGACACACACUGCUAAAUGUGAAGAAGGAAAGGAAGUAAACUGGAAAUUAAGUUAUACUGACAAUAUUAUGGCAUUGUUAAGAUCAUGGCAUUUUAAUUUAAAUUAGAGUGGGUUGCAUCAUACUCAGGGGUUAGCUUCCAAGGUCAGUACAUAGGUAAAAUGGGCAUUAGGAUGAUCCUUGAAAGCCCUUUAGAAAGGUGCCAUGUUGGAAAUCUGUACAUCUACCACAAGUAGCUUUUCCUCCCAGGUUGGAAAAAAAAGAGUGUUUCUUUGUUUGAAGACCAAGUGAAGUUGUUGGUGUUUAUUUAGGGGCGAUUUUGUAUAAAAAGCACAUACCUUUAAACACUAGAAUCAUACUCAGUGCUGCAAGAUGCUUGCCCUGUGAGUGGCAGAUGUGAACUGGCAAGGAGUGAAGCACCAGCGGGCGGACAGCACCCACCUGUGUUUACUUGGGGGACCGCAUUCAUCAUAGGCGGGACCACCACAGGAUUUCCUGUUACUUUGCUAUGGCUUCCUUUUCACUGACCUCAUGUGUUAAUGUAAGUUAAAUGUGUUUAUGAUAUAACUCCACUCUACAUCAUACUUUGAGUAAAAAAGGAUAAAAGCAUAUAUACUACCUACAUGUAUGUGCUGUAUGUGGGCAUUUCAUUGAGAUUUAAUUAAUAGCUAGCCUAUUUAUGGUUGUUCAUUUUAAUAAGUUUUUUGGGGGGAAAUAUUUAAAAUCAAAACUAAUAACUACAUCAUGGUUUUUGAUUAGGAUCUAAACAUACGGUUUUAAGUCUGCUGCAAACUUGUAAAGAUAUGUUAUAAUAGACUUUGUUAUUAUAUGUUGGAAACAAGCAAGAAAUAAUCAAGUGGUGUUAACCAAAAAUAACGGAAUAGUUGAGUAUUUGAGGUUUUUUUUAAUGUUUUUAUGUUAUUAGCUAUUUGGAGUUAAAUAAAAACAGAGAACAAGAAAAUA